AUGUUUCAUAUUGCUCUCCUGAAAAAUAUUGUGGCUUCAAUAUUUAAGCUGCAAGGUAGGAACGAAGAUGUUGAAAUGAAAGAGAAUCUUGAUCCAAAAACUUUGAAUAAGGAUGCUGACUUACAACUGCAUGUUCAAACUGUUAUGGGAGAUGCAGAAAUUAAACAGAAUCCUGAACUUAUCAUCAGUACGCCUCAUAUGGAUACUGCACCUGUACAACUUUCAGGUCCUACUUCAAUUGAGGAUAAGAAUACCAAGGAUAAAACUGAAAUUAUCAUUGAUUCGCCUCAUCUUGAAUCUACCCCUGCACAGUUUCAUGCUCCAAGAACUAUUGAUGUACUUAUUAAGAAAAAUAUUGGAACUUCCACACAGAAUAGUCGUAAGAAUGCGUCUCAUGUUAUUCGGAAAAAACACCUAAAACGUAUUGCUGUGACUCCAGAAGAGAACGCUUUGUAUGAUAGGCUUACACGAGUUGGUGUAAAGCUUAGUAAAUGUAGAAGCGAAAUUAAAAAACAAGCCAUCAAAAUUAAAUGUUUACAAAAUCUCAAUACUCAUCUGCAAUUUUUGAAAACUGGAGAACUUGCCGAGCACCUCAAAACUUUUGACUCUCCUGCAAUUCAGAGAACACAAGAAAGGCGUUAAAGGUCUCACGCUUUACAAUGAAAGAAAAAAUUGUGGCACUAGCAAUGAUGAAAGAAAGCCUAAAGGGAUAUCGUUUCUUUAGGAAAAUAUUUAUGCUGCCUUCUCUCAACCAACGCCCAACUUUAUUAAACGUAAUGAAUGUGGCAAAUAUAAACCCAGGGAUAAAUGAGAAUAUAUUUGCUCAGAUAAAAAAAUCUACAGAACAAAUGAAAACAACACAUAAACUUUGCGUUGUUUUAUUUGAUGAAAUGUCAUUUAAACCAAAUGUACAAUACAACGAGAGAAAAGACAAAGUAAGUGGAUUUACAGCGGAUGGUGAAGUGACGUAUCCUGAAUAUGCUGACCACGCUCAAGUUUUUAUGAUAAGAGGAUUGACAGAAAAUUAUAAACAGCCGGUUGCAUACACAUUUUCGCAGUCUGGCACAAAGGGGCCCAAAUUGGCCAAGCAAUUAAAAAGUG